CCGAAUUGUGGUUUACUUUACUUGCUUGAACGUGAUUUGUUUACUUGCAUUCAACUCUUUUAAGAGAAAGUUGUGAAUAAACACAUGUUUAUGCUGCUACGUGUUUAUCAAAAACAAAUGCGUGUUAACUGAGAAGUAGUUAGGCUGUUGUGGAUCUUAGGAAUUCUAGAAUAACAGUAACGAAAUAGUGUAGUAAAAUGAAUACGAAUGAGAAUACUAAAUCGCGAUUAAAAAAUGAUCACAUCGUGACUGUACUAGUUUGUGCCAUAGCAAUACCUCUAUCUAUGUCUUUAUGGAUAAUUAAUAUAAUAUAUACUAAAUACAUAGCUAAGAAUGCAGGAUUUGAUGAGCCUGUGGUAAUAUCACCUGCUCGCUGGAUGGCAGCAUGUUUCAUUCCCAUUAUGAUAGCCUUCUACGGCUACAGGAAAAAAAGCCUCAACCUGAGCGGAGCCGUGCUUGGUUUUUUCGUGGGAUUUGUGUUAACACUUAGCAAUUUUUGCUUCCUAGCAACACUGUUUACAUUCUUCAUGUCUUCAUCUAAAGCAACGAAAUUUAGGCCACACUUAAAAAGGAAAAUUGAGGAGGAUUUCAAAGAAGGUGGCCAGAGGAACUGGAUCCAAGUUUUGUGCAAUGGUGGCAUGGCAACACAGCUUGGGAUACUUUACCUGAUGGAUGUUGGUGCUGCUGAGAAACCCAUCGACUUUUUAAAUUACUACAGAGCAUCUUGGCUAUCUAUGGGAAUCCUUGGUGUAUUCUCCUGCUGUAACGGCGACACGUGGGCUUCCGAGCUUGGCACCGUUUUAGCCAAAUCCGAGCCCUUCUUAAUAACCUCCCUCAAACGAGUUCCACCCGGCACUAAUGGUGGUGUCACUAUCAUAGGCACUUUGUUCAGUAUAAUUGGCGGCACUGUCAUAGGAAUAUCGCAGUAUCUGGCGAUUCUAUAUUUCUCUGACAAGGCGUCGUGGGAGAACGCGCCGCCCCAGUGGCCUAUUAUUUUAUUUGGAGCCUUAGCUGGAUUUCUGGGCAGCUUAAUUGAUUCUCUUAUGGGAGCGACCUUGCAAUACUCGGGGUUAGACAAAGACGGAAAGAUUGUUUCGCACUCCUCCAAAACAGUGAAGCAUAUAAGCGGCAGAAACAUUCUGGACAACCACAGCGUAAACCUCAUUACUACCGUAAUCAUGGGUCUACUUAUGCCUACUAUUAGUAAAACUUUAUGGCCAAUCAUAUGAUGUAUUUAAGACUGGCAGACCACAACAAAUAAGAUCAGCAGAGCAAUG